AUGAGGAAACUGCUCUACAGGACCGAGGAAGAAACGGUUGUGUACGACAACGUGUUGGAGGGGCUGUACUCCCUGUACAAAACAUACAUCCUGGAAUUGGAGAAUGAGUUCAACUACUAUCAUUUUUACAAGCCGCUUUUAACGAGCGGCGAUUUUCUGUCCAAGCCGAUGAUCCUUCUGCUUGGUCAGUAUUCAACAGGGAAGACGACCUUUAUAAAGCACCUCAUAGAGAAGGAGUAUUGUGGAAUGAGAAUAGGACCAGAGCCGACGACGGAUAAGUUCGUAGCAGUGAUGUAUAAUGAGAAGGAACAGCUAAUUCCUGGGAAUGCCCUUGUUAGUGAUAUAACGAAGCCAUUUUCUCAGUUAGAAAGUUUUGGAAACAGUUUCCUAUCCAAGUUGGAGUGUUCCAACACGUCUAGCGAUGUGUUGAAGUCUCUAACGAUAAUUGACACACCUGGUGUUCUAAGUGGAAUCAAGCAAAUCAGUAGGGGAUACGACUUCGAGAAGGUUAUAUACUGGUUUGCCCAGAGAGUAGAUUUAAUAUUACUCAUUUUUGACGCGCACAAAUUGGACAUUUCAGACGAGUUCAGAAGAUGCAUACAAGCGAUAAAAGGGCAGGAUUCUAAGAUACGAAUUAUCCUAAACAAGGCAGAUACGAUUAACACGCAACAGCUGAUGAGGGUGUACGGAUCGUUGAUGUGGUCCCUGGGAAUUGUAAUAAACACACCAGAAGUUAAUAGAGUUUAUAUAGGCUCAUUUUGGGAUAGGAAGUUAAUGCAUGAUGAAAAUAGAAAUAUUUUCGAAGAAGAAGCCUCUGAUUUGUAUAAGGAGUUGUCGAAGAUUCCAAGAAAUUCUACCAUGAUUCGGUUGAACGAUUUUAUUAAAAGGUGUAGAACAUUGAAGGUGCACAUGUAUUUGCUGUCUCACUUGAGGAAAAAAUUACCCUACUUCAGGAAGAACUAUGUUAAGAAUAAGCUAAUCAGAACUUUGGAUAAGGUAUACGAAGAAGUCGCAAAGGAUUACAACUUACCUCUGGGUGAUUUCCCCAAUGUACAAUUCAUGAGAGAGAAACUGAACGACAUUGAUUGGUUAAACAUUCCAAAGCUGGACGUAAAAAAGAUCGAACGAAUUAAUAAAGUAUUAAAUGUACAUAUCCCACAACUGUUAGAAAUGAUCCCAAAAGAAUCUAUGAACGUUGAUCAAUCCCGAUAUGAAACUCAGGAAGGCACCAUCGUUGAGAAUAAAUUGACUCCCUUUUUGGAGUUGACCUCUGGAGAAAUUCCCAUGUGGGUGAAACAGAAAUAUUUGUUAAGUCCCAUUGACACUUCGAAAUAUUCGGACGAUUUUUACAAACUGGGACCCGACGAUUUUGGGAAAUUGUCUGGGGAACAGGUGAAGCCUGACCUGAUCAAGAGCAAAUUGCCCAGCUCUGUUCUGCACAAAAUUUGGAACCUCGCCGACAUCACCAAGGAUGGCUACCUCGACUUGUUCGAGUACUCCCUCGCCAGGCAUUUCAUCGAGAUGAAGACGGAGGGCUUUGAUUUGCCCACGAAGGUUCCCAAGGAUAUAAUAAACUCACACGAGUAUUGA